ACGCCCCCUUCUUCGCCUCCUAUAGCCCCGCCCGCCCAGUCACGCGGGCAUAUAUAACACAUCUCCGCCGGCACUACACGGCACAUACACGACGCCAGAACAGCGGGUUCGACCUCUGGGCCGCAGCAGUAGUCGCAAGUCUCGCCGUUGGCGGCGCUCUUCUUGUGCCUUUUAUACCAAGCUCCUCAGGGGCAGAGACCGCAAAAGCCCCUCGCUCGACCCAGGCCGCUGCCUACGACUUUGCAGACUCGUAUCUGGUCAUGGCGCCAAACACGCCAGCCGGCCGGCCGGGCACCCUCACUCCCGACCAGGAAAAGAAGCUGCGCGAGCUUUGGGGCAUCGUGCUAAAGAUUUUUGGCGUCGAGGUGGGGUCGGACGAAACAAACGGGACAGCCGCACCGGCCGACGAGGAAGUGCUGUCGCCUACAGCAGACGGGAAAAAGGACAAGAAGAAGAGCCGUUUGCAUGUCUUCAAGAGAAGCAAGGGCGACAAAAGUGCAGACGACAAAUCGUCGACGGCCUCGGAAGCGUCGACUCCUACUGCAGACCUCAGCAAAUUAUCCAUAUCUGCCGAAGACGACAAGUUUGGCCAGACUGCAGAGUUCAAGGCCGCAAUAGCAAACAUUCCCCCAGAGGAGCUUCGGACAACGUUUUGGAGCAUGGUCAAGCAUGACCAUCCCGAUGCGCUCCUCCUUCGCUUCUUGCGCGCCAGGAAAUGGGACGUCGAAAAGGCGCUGGUCAUGAUGAUCUCAACAAUGCAGUGGAGGCUGAAUGAAAUGCAUGUCGACGACGACAUCAUGAAGAACGGCGAGCUCGCCGCUCUCGAGACCACGGCGGCCGACGCAAAGGAGAAGAAGAAUGCAGACGACUUCCUGGCGCAACUGCGCAUGGGCAAGAGCUAUCUGCACGGGCUCGACAGUGAGGGAAGGCCAAUGUGCUUUGUUCGCGCAAGAUUACACAAGGCUGGUGAGCAGACUGAAGAAAGUCUGGAAAGAUUCACCGUCUACUUGAUCGAGACGGCGCGCAUGCUGCUGAGGCCGCCGAUUGAUACAGCUACUAUCGUUUUCGACAUGACCGACUUUUCCAUGGCCAACAUGGACUACACACCUGUCAAAUUUAUGAUCAAAUGUUUUGAAGCAAACUACCCCGAAUCUCUUGGGACCGUCUUGGUCUAUCGCGCACCCUGGGUGUUCAACGCCGUCUGGGCUGUGCUCAAGGGAUGGUUAGAUCCUGUUGUUGCCGGCAAAGUACACUUUGUAAAGAAUGUACAAGACUUCAGUACCUUUGUGCCCAAGUCGCAGAUUCCGACCGAGUUGGGUGGAGACGAAAAGUGGGAGUACAAAUAUCCGGAGCCCGUACCUGGUGAGAACGACAAGAUGAAGGAGGAAGGACCGAAGCAAGAACUACAAAAGGAGAGGCAGGAGAUUGUAGACAAGUACGAGGCUACAAUAGUUGAGUGGGUUCGUGUUGGUGACGGCGCGUCGCUGGAAGAGAAGAGGAAAGAAAGAGACGUGUUGGCGGAGCAGCUGAGGCAGAACUACUGGAAGUUGGAUCCGUAUGUUCGAGCACGUUCGCUGUACGACCGCCUGAAAGUGAUACAAGACGGAGGCAAACUCGAUUUCUACAGUAAGACGGCCGAGCCUGCUGCGAGCACACCCACCAAAGCUGGCGAGACGAGCGCCGACGACGUUGACUAGGACUUUGAAGGUUUGGGUGCUUGGCUGACCAUGGUACUUUGAACUCUCAACACCCAGGCCAACGGUUCGAGGCAGUAGAAUAAACAAAGCGUUAUUUUUUUCUGCACGCGCACGCAGCCUCUAGAGAUUCUCCUUGGUGGUACUCGAGCUAAUGAGGUGGCUCUUGUCUCAAGUCCUUUGUUUUGUUGGUACUUUCUUCUUUUCUUUUCUUGCUUUUUACCUUUCUCGUUCUAUCAAGCAUUGCAACAAAGACAAGGACUGAAAAGAAACGGAAAUUAGACAGGCAUGGGAGGAGGAAAAAAAACGGACAGAGACAGAUGCAUAACCAGGGGUAUGCAGUGUACACAUGGAUUUACAUGUACAGCACUCUAGUUGUCAUAAUAAUAUUCCCCCUCUUUCUUUUU